AUGAGUUUGGACUGGUCUUCAACGUCUUGUCUAGUCCAAGAAGGCCCGGCGGUAUAUCACAUUGAACCACAAAUCGAUCAACAUGCCAGACUUUCGGGUAGUUGCGACGGGUUUGUCUGCAUAUUCGACGAGAACAACCUCACAAGUCCAAUAAUUGUGGCGAACCCAGCCAUGGUACGUUCUCAAGUCCUCCCUCUUUCCCAGUUUCAGCGACAGUGCUUAGAAGACAAGAAGAAGUCAGCUCUACAUUUCCCAGGAUUGGGGAAAGACGACGUUACAGGAACAUACAAACUAGUCUGGCUGCAUAACAACCAAAGCAACUACACCUUAUCAUGCGAGGUUUUUGAUUUUGAGGUCAGGAAAUGGAGGUACAUGGUUGUGAAUACGCCCAGUGACGAUGUACCAGUAUUUUCAAAGGGAUGGCUUUACUGGAUCAUUGCAAAUCUGACUAAUUAUGAGUAUAAGAUUCUUGGUUAUAAUAUUCACACGGAGAUGUUUCGAGUCUUUACAAAUAGGAUUGUUUCCCAGGCAACCUAUUUUCUAACAAUUACUAUGUGCAGUCUAAGUGAUCGUGUCUGGGUUACAAAUAACAUGCCAGAUGGUGGCAUGCAACACUUUUGGAGGAUCAAAAACACAAUGGAUUCCGAGUGGGAAUCGGAGAAGAUGUUCUCCAUAGACCUGAAUUUGAUUUCUCCUUGGUUUAAGGAUAUCUCAACAGCUACGCCGUUCAUCACCCUUAAGGCGACUUCCAAGGACAACAAGAAUGUUCUUAUCUCAAGGUUAUUUUCCUCCAACUUCGUACAUUUGCUUCCUCGUCCUACUGGCAAAGCCCUAGGUUUUGGUUCUGCUUUUACUGGUCUUAGUAACUCUAUAUUCAUUCCUUAUUUUCAGAGUUUACUUUCCAUUGUGAAUUAG